GUUGAAAGCAAGGCGUUAUGUUAAUAAGGAGAUUGGCAAAAUAAAAGAAAGGCUUAAUGAGAUCAAGGCUAGGAGAAAAGCGUAUGUGAUUGAAAACUUUGGUGAAGAUGGAGAUGCUUCGAGCUCAAUGCCGGUGAAGGGACGCAAUUUCCUAUCUCAACUUGAUGAUGCUGAUAUAGUUGGACGCUUUAAUGAUGAGAAGAUCCUACUUGAACGACUACUGAUGAAUCACCAUGGCCAAGAACAACAACAACAACAAGGGUCUUGUGUCAUCAGCAUAGUUGGCUUAGGUGGUAUUGGCAAAACCACCCUUGCAAAAAAACUCUAUCAUAAUAAUGCUGUUAGCAAUCAUUUUCACAAGCGCAUUUGGGUAACAGUCUCUCAAAAAAAUAGUUUAAAGGGGCUUUUGAAGAAGAUGCUCAUAAAAGUCAGUGGGUUUGUAAAUAAUAACUUGGAUUAUCUGGAAGAACAUGAGUUGAUAGACAUGAUUAAUGACUCACUAAGAAGACAAAGGUUUCUCAUUGUAUUGGAUGACAUUUGGCGCAAGGAUGUAUGUAUUCAGAUGCAAGGAAUUUUUCGGAAUGUAAAAAAUGGGAGCAGGGUCUUGAUCACCACUCGGUCUCUUGAUGUUGCCAAGGGAGCAGAUCCAACGAGCACUGCAUACCAACUUCGGGUGUUGAAUGAAGAUGAGAGCUUGGAACUUCUUCUGAAGAAGGCCUUUCCUCAUGAUGAAAAUCCCAAGGCAAAUUGUUCCAGUGAACUGCUUGAUAUUUGUUGUUGUCUCAUACGAAAAUGCAGCGGCUUACCUCUGGCUUUGGUUGUGCUUGGAGGUCUCCUAGAAGACAAAGCACCUGUUGAGUGGAGCAGAGUAUUAGAGACGAUGAACUGGGAGACAGAAGGAAGAGAAUGUCAAGAAAUACUAGCACUGAGUUAUGAAGAUCUUCCGCAUCAUAUGAAAUUAUGUUUUCUUUAUUUCAGUGCUUACCCUGAGGAUUAUGAUAUUAUGGCAUUGAGUUAAUCAGGAAUUGGGUUGCAGAAGGCUUCAUACCACAUGAAGGAAAUAAGACGAUGGAGGAGACAGGGGAGGCUAUUUUAAAGGAGUUGGUACAAAGGAGCUUGAUUCAUGGAAAUGACAGGAAAAGCAAUAGGAACGUGAAGAUAUGUGGCGUUCAUGAUCUUGUACGGGAUUUUGUAAUAUCUGCGGCUGACAAAGAUCACUUCCUCAAAGUUUGUCCUACUGAAAAUCGUCAACCAAUUUCUGCGUCAUUGUCUCACCGCGUGGCAAUCCACAUCAAUGUUACCUCGUUCUAUAAAAAUGACACCUUGACGGAUAAAAUCGAUGCAAG